CAAGCUAAUCGUUGUGAAUAUCAAGUUUCAUUCAAAUAUUUCAAAAUUCAGUAUCCAUUAUCCUUGAAGUCAAAUCUGCACAAGUUCCGUUGGAUCUCGUUGAAGUUGAACAAGAUAUCUAAUAUCCAGACGAUCUGCAUCCAAGCAAAUAAGAUGCCUAGUCCUAUCUUGGCAGGUCCAUCUGACCGUAGCAAAGAAUUGAAAUACGUCCGUGAUUUAAUGAAGAAGCACAAUGUCGAAAUAUAUAUCGUGCCAACUGAAGAUGCUCAUGGCAGUGAAUACAUAGCUCCUACUGAUGCUCGUAGGGAGUAUAUCACGGGUUUCACAGGCUCCGCCGGAACAGCACUCAUUCUCGCCUCAAAGCCUCAAAGCUUGCUCUUUACCGAUGGUCGAUAUUUUAAUCAAGCUUCCAAACAACUUGACCCGUCGCAUUGGACUUUGAUGAAACAAGGACUACCGGGUGUUCCGACUUGGCAAGAGUAUGUAGUGCAGUGUGCUGCAAGUCAUAAGGCCGAACACGGUCAAUCACUUUCUAUCGGACUAGAUCCAACCCUGGUCAAUAUUCAGGAUGCUGCAGAUUUGGCUCUUCGACUUCAACCUCACUCGGGCCGACUGGUCAGUUUGCGGGAAAACUUGAUCGACGAGCAGUGGGGCUCAUCCAAACCUAAACGUCCACAUCAACCGGUCAUUCAUCUUUCAGAACAACUUGCAGGUCAAUCAAGUCAAUCAAAGAUCGCAGCUGUACGUCAAAGAAUUAACGAUCUACCUGGCGUCGAUCGUGUUGCUGGGAUCCUCAUCAGUGCGCUGGAUGAAGUUGCAUGGCUCUUGAACCUUCGAGGCAGUGAUAUUGCUUUUAAUCCGGUCUUUUUCUCCUACGCUUGGGUUGGAGCCACCGAGGGUGUGACUCUGUUUAUCUCUCAAAAUCAAAUCAAUAGCGAGAUUGGAUGUUAUCUAGAAGAGCUAGGCGUCGAACUAGAGGAUUACGAAUCUUCCAAGGUUGUAUUAUCCAACAAGAGCUCCUUGGCUGUGGAGGAUGCACUCGGAGGACCGGAUUUUAUUCACAGCAUGCGAUCUCCGAUUCAAGACCUAAAAGCCAUCAAGAAUGAAACAGAGAUAGAUGGGUUCAGAAAUGCUCACAUUCGAGACGGAGCAGCCUUGGUCGCUUAUUUUGCUUGGCUAGAAGACCAGUUGUCCAGGUCCCAAUCAACGCCUCUUACUGAAUAUAGUGCUGCUCUUGAACUAGAGGCUACACGGAAGAGAAUGGGAGGAGAGUAUUACCGGGGUCUGAGCUUCGAUACUAUUUCAAGUACCGGAAAGAACGCUGCUGUGAUCCACUAUAAACCAGAUGAAUAUAAGUCAGAUGUAAUUCGACAAGACCAAAUCUACUUAUGCGAUUCCGGAGCUCAGUAUAUGGAUGGGACUACGGAUGUGACCAGAACCCUGCACUUUGGGACACCUUCAGAGGAAGAGAUCAGAGCGUUUACUCGAGUGCUACAAGGUCAUAUCUGCAUCGAUCGUAUGGUGUUUCCUGAAAACACUACGGGAUAUAGGCUAGACUCAUUUGCAAGGCAGUUUCUUUGGAGAGAUGGCCUGGAUUAUCGACAUGGUACUGGUCAUGGUGUUGGUCACUUUUUGAAUGUUCAUGAAGGUCCACAAGGUAUUGGUACUAGGAAAUCUUGUGACGAAGUGCGUCUUGAAGCCGGCAUGACUUUGUCCAACGAGCCUGGGUUCUAUAAAGACGACCAAUUCGGAGUUCGAAUCGAGUCUGUGGUAGUAGUCAAGGUGGUUGACACUCCUCACCAAUUUGGUGGAAAGUAUUUUGGCUUCGAGAAUUUCACGCUUUGUCCCAUCCAAACGAAGUUGGUGGAUUUGAAAUUAUUGGAUCGUCAUGAAGUCAAGUGGCUAAAUGAUUAUCAUCACACUGUGUAUGAAAAACUAAAGCCUCUGCUCAAAGAUAACCAACUGGCGUUGAAAUGGCUUAAGAAAGAAUGUCGACCUGUGUAAAGCAAUUGCAAAAGCAAAAUUUCCUUCAUCUC